AUGGACGACACCGAGUCUACGACCGAGCUUAGACUCUCGAUACUGAACCCAGACCCGGAGAGGAUCCCCGGACCUCGUCUCCUUCACCAGCUCGUGCAUUCCACAUCAGAUGAUUCGGUGCCAGCAAUCCACUCUCUGGAUUCCCAGGGACGACAGUCGACAUGGUCGUAUUCGCAGCUUCACCGUGCCGCAGACGCUCUGGCGCGGAAGAUAUCUGCUGCUGUAAGAGGAGGACGCCGCUCUAGGGACGACGAGUUCGUCGUGCCUGUCCUCGUCCCCCAAUGCCCACAACUCUACAUAUCGAUGCUGGCUAUCCUCAAAGCAGGUGGUGCCUUCUGCCCUUUGCAUCUUGACGCGCCUCCCGAGAGAGUGAGGUUCAUCCUCCAGGACGUCGGUGCCAAGGUUGUCGUUGUCACCCGUGACUUGGUAUCCAAGAUUCCAAAAGAUGAGGAGGAAAGGACCAUCCUGAUAGUGGACGGGGAUGAUGAUGUAGAAGAGCUGCCUGCACCUGAGGAGGCAUCAGAGCCGGCGGCAAUACCUCAACGCCUGGCAUAUGUCAUGUAUACAUCUGGAUCCACAGGUACGCCCAAGGGUGUUGGCGUCUCUCACGAUGCCGCAACCCAGAGCCUUCUGGCUCACAACAAGCACAUUCCGAGCUUCAGGCGCUUUCUCCAGUUCGCAUCCCCGACCUUUGAUGUGUCUGUGUUCGAAAUCUUCUUCCCACUCUUCCGCGGAUCCACCCUCGUCACCUGCGACCGUGGCCGCAUGCUCAACGACCUGCCGGCCAUCAUCAGGACACUAGAAGUCGAUGCGUGCGAGUUGACGCCGACUGUGGCUGGUAGUCUGCUGCGGUCGCGAAAGAACGCUCCUUGCCUGAGGCUACUUUUGACGAUCGGCGAGAUGUUGACGGAGUCGGUUGUCAACGAGUUUGGUGGUAGUGAAGAGGCUGAAAGCAUACUAUGGGGCAUGUACGGUCCGACAGAAGCGGCCAUUCAUUGUACCCUUCGACCACAAUAUCCCACGGACUGCCCUUCGUCGAACAUCGGCUUUCCUCUUGAAUCGGUUUCAUGUUUUGUGACUGGCAUCCCAGAAGAAGGCAGUCCUUAUGAAUUCAAGAUUCUCCCGCUCGGCGAGAUCGGAGAACUCGUCGUUGGAGGACACCAACUCGCAAAUGGCUAUCUCAACAGACCGGAGCAAACCACGGCCGCUUUCUUUGAUACCCCGUAUGGCCGUGUGUAUCGCACCGGAGACACGGCCAAGAUGAACAACGAUGGAACUAUGGAAUGUCUUGGUCGAAUAUCAGAUGGCCAGGUCAAGCUUCGCGGUCAGAGAAUCGAGCUCGGUGAAGUGGAACAAGCAGCAAUGCGUACCACAGGUUGCCACAGCGCUGUUGCCAUGGUUCUUGGUGGGAUCCUGGUCAUGUUUUGCGCAAUCGACGACGAUUCAAGCUCAGAUGCCAAGGUGGAAGAGAUCACAGAUACUUGUCGCGAGUGGUUACCGUCAUUCAUGGUCCCUGGCGACGUUGUCCUCAUGAAGAGCUUUCCAAGACUACCAUCAGGGAAGGUUGAUCGAAAACAGCUCAAAAGCGACUACGAUUCAAAUAGACAGCAUCAGCCUACACAAGCUGCAGAGCCGAUCGAUUCCUUUGAGCGAGAAAUCGCGGGAGUUGUGUCGGAUCUUCUCGGCUUUCAGGUCUCACCAUCAACGAAUCUCGGAUCGUCUGGUAUUGAUUCACUGAUGACCAUCAGACUUGCAUCAGCACUAAGAGAAAAGGGCUUUGCCAUCUCGGCAACGGAUGUUCUUGAGUCAAGAAAUCUUUCAGGGUUGUGUUCUCGGCUUCGGCCAGCUACGUCAGAUCCCACGAAACGCACCCAAGAGAAUCCCACGAAAUACUCGGAUAUUCCGAUCGGCGAGAUUCUGAACAGCCGACCAGAAUUAGCAUCAACUCAGAAUGAUAUCGAGGCUGUUCAUUGGUGCACGCCGCUGCAAAAUGCUAUGCUUGCUGAGACUUCCGUCAAUUCCCAAGCCUACUGCAACUGGAUCGAGCUUGAAGUUCCGGCCGGGUCCACAUCCGAAGCUGUCGAAAGUUGGAUUCGCGAAGUUGCCAUAACUAAUGACAUCUUUCGAUCCGGAUUUCUCCCCUUUGAACGGGGUUUCGCGCAACUUAUCUUUCGGCAAUUACCUGGAUCUUCAAUUCGACAUGUUGCGCACUUGGACAGAGACUUUACCCUGGAGUCUGACGAGGACUUCCUCCAUCCAUUCAGGGUGCAGAUUCAGAAGGAAGGUUCAGACAGGGGUGUUCUCGUCCUGUUGCAACUGCACCAUGCUCUUUACGAUGGAUGGUCCGCCGACAUGAUGCUGGAAGACCUCUCGAAUCUGGCAGCGGGAAAAUCUUUACAGCCGCGUCCACAGUUCCAGGACGUUGCCAGUUUUUUCAGUGACCCUUCUACAAAGAGUCUCAUGGACGAAGCUCGCACGUUCUGGGCUGAAAGCUUGCUCGGUUGGCAAAGGCAUGGUUUACCGCGCCUCAUGGGCCGUCUUCCAGACAGACCAGCAGUUCAUACCGCAACCAAGAAGCUCAACAUCUCACGGGCUGAUCUGGACGAGAGUGCCAGAUACUUCCAGUGCCACCCGCAAGUGUUCUUUCAAGCGGCUCUUGCAUGGCUCUGGGCAGGUCUUCAGGGACAAUCCGACGUCGCCAUCGGUUCCGUUUCCUCGGGAAGAACCAUCCCAGUUACAAACGUCGAGCGAAUCAUGGGACCGUUCAUUUCAUCGACGCCUCUACGAGUCAAUCUCAAAGGCAUGACGACUAUCGCUGAUCUAAUCCGCGCAGUGCAUUCCACCAAUCGUCAGGUCCUCCAACACGGCAUCUUGCCAUUAAAUGAGAUCAAGAAGCUGUGUGGUCUCAGUCUCGGGGAUUCAAUCUUCGACGUUCUCUUCGUUUACCAGGAGUCUCUAUACAGCCAAGCCCGGAACUCCAGUCAAGUAAGAGAGGUAGCACAUCAGGACUUUCUCGAAACUUGUUUACUUGUCGAGAUUGAGCCUUUGGCCGACGGACCCAGCUGCCGCGUCACUCACCACACGAAUGCCAUCUCCGACGAACACGCAAAGCUGUUGGUGGAUCAACUUGAAUCUGUCGUGUCUUAUCUCCUCCACCAACCCAAGGCUAACCUCGAUACCAUUGGAGACUGUCUUGCCCCGGAGCUGACGUCCGUCUUCAACGCCAACCCGUCGACUCUCACGACAGUACCUGACUUGGCUGCCAUUUUCGAGCAGGCAACGGACCUCGCACCCAACGCAACUGCAAUAAGGUUUGCGAAUUCUCUCAAGGACGACGCGGUCGAGUCGAUUUCAUACAAGAAUUUGAACACGUCAGCCAACCAGAUUGCGCGAUACCUGCAGCAACAAGGAGCCAAGGAAGGCGACAUCGUCGGUCUCAUUAUGGAAAAGUCGAUUCCACUUUACGCAGCAAUGCUCGGGAUCUUGAAGGCUGGCUGCGCAUACCUCCCUCUUCUACCAACAACACCAACCGAAAGAAUACGGGCUAUCUUGAGUCAGGCAGAGGUCAGCCUCUGCGUGGCUGACCAGCAAAUCUCAGCUGCUUUGACAGAUCUCCCUUCCUGUCACUUUGUUGACACCCGUUCAGCCGACACCUCAACACAACCCCGCGACAACGUCUGCAUCGCUCCCAACGGAGAACGACCAGCAUACGUGAUCUACACGUCCGGCACCACUGGCCAGCCUAAGGGCGUUGUAGUCACCCAGAAGAACAUCGCGGGCAACCUCGACGUUCUAUCCCGAAUCUACCCUAUCACCAGCAACUCCCGUUUCCUCCAAGCAUGUUCACAGGCGUUUGACGUUUCGGUUUUUGAGAUUUUCUUCACUUGGAAGGUUGGCGCUUGCCUGUGCCCCGGCACCAAUGAUACCCUGUUCGAAGAUCUGGAGCGCGCCAUCCGCUUCUUGGGAUGUACUCAUCUCAGCAUGACUCCCACUGUUGCCUCUUUGGUUGAGCCUCGCAACGUACCCGGCGUGGAGUUCCUCGUCACUGCAGGCGAGCCGAUGACCGCGGUCGUGGCCAAAAAAUGGACUGGAUAUCUUUACCAGGGGUACGGCCCUGCUGAAACUACGAAUAUCUGCACUGUCAGAAAAAUGAACCCCGGCGACUUCAUCGACCACCUCGGCUUCUCGUUUGAAAACACUUCGACAAUCGUCCUUGGUCCUCACAGCCUCAGUCCCCUUCCCGUCGGAUUCGCCGGUGAAUUAUGUUUUGGGGGUGACCAGGUUGCCGCCGGCUAUCUGGGCAUGCCAAAGCUCACCAACUCCAAGUUCAUCGACCAUCCCCAACUCGGCAGAAUCUAUCGUUCUGGAGACAUGGGACGCAUGCUUCCAGACGGUUCUCUGAUGGUGCUGGGUCGCAUGGACGACCAACUCAAGCUCCGCGGCCAACGCAUCGAUACCGGCGAAAUCAGCAGUAUCAUCACCACAUCUGGACUUGCCACAUCAAACGCAGCCGUUAUCGUCAGUCGCAAUAACUCGCCAGCUACACAGCUGGCUGUAUUCUAUGUCCCGGCGAAUGGAAGCAGAGCCGAUUUUGAGAUUUUGCCUAUCGACGAGAAGCUUGGUGAGGCAAACAACACCCUCAUUGGACUCCUACGGUCUCGACUCCCCGCCUACAUGGUCCCAACCUAUCUGUUCCCCAUCAGCUCCAUUCCUCUUACUUCAAGCGGCAAGAUCGAUCGAGCCAAGUUGCAAUCAUCUUUCCGCGACUUUUCUCAAGAGUACUUGAGCCUCGCUGCUGGAUCUUCUGGGCAACGAGAAGAAGAAAGCGCAUGGUCUGAGAAGGAGAAGACAAUUGCACAGGCUUUAUCUCAAGUCUUGAGCGUCCCUCUUGAAGAGAUUUCUCGCUGGCAACCGUUUGCUGCUGUAGGACUUGACUCAAUUUCUGCCAUAUCUUUGGCAAGAGCUCUGCAGAGCAGUUUCCAACGCAGGAUUCCCGUUUCCUUGAUUCUGCGGUGUGGAAGUGUGGCUCGUCUGGCACAGGAGAUCUCGUCGCAGACAUCGACGGCCGACAGCGAAAGCGUGAAUCCUACAAAUUCCCUCUUUCCUUCGAAGUACGUUGAUGCGGUAAAAGACGAAUUUGCAAGAGCCGGGAAGCCAGUAUCGGCUGUUUUACCUUGUACGCCACUUCAGGAAGCCAUGCUUUCGUCAACGGCCACAUCUUCUUACUCGAAUCAGCUUCUCUUCAAGCUCCACAUACCUGAGUCGGACAUGAUAAAAUUCUGGAAAGAAAUGUGUCACCGGCACGGCAUUCUCAGGACUUGCUUCAUCACCACCAGAGACUCGAAAAGGGCAGUUGCGCAGGUAGUUCUUGAGUCUUGGUCGAUACCAUGCCGGACGUUCGAGUGCAGCAACUUGCGUGAAGCAGCCGACCAGCAUGCAAACGAAUUGACCAACCCACUCGACUCAAAGGUACCCCCAGUGUCACUGGCUUUCAUCAAGGUAGAUGGGCAGACCUACUUCUCCUUCGUGUGUCAUCAUGCGAUGUACGAUGGCGUCGCAAUUGAUGUUCUACUCUCAGAGGUUGAAAGUCUCGCUCUUGGAGAGUCUCUGGAGCCACCGGUUGAUCAUCUGCCAAUCCUCCUCGAGAUUCUCGAGUCUCGUGAUGUCAAGGAUACUUUCUGGAAGGACCACUUCAACGGCUUCAAAUCUGCACAACACAAGAUCUCCUCCCGUUUAUCAGAAGGCGUUGGACAUAAAGAGACACUGGUCGUCACAGAUUUGGUUGACGUUUCCUUCAGCAAUCUCCAGUCCAUCUGCAAAUCCACUGGUGUAUCGAUGCUUUCAUUCUUCCAGACAGUUUGGUCUGCCUUCCUGAGCCUCGCAUACAAUGAGACAGACGUCUGUUUCGGCAAUGUUGUCAGCGGACGAGCAUUGAACGUCGAGGGAAUCGAUCGCCUGGUUGCACCAUGCUUCAACACUCUACCCGUGCGCAUCGAGCUGCCGCCAUCAACUUCAUUCGCCACGUUGCUCAAAAAGUUACAAAACCUCAACCCCCGUCUCCUGGAGCGCCAGUUCACUCCUCUUCGCUCAGUUCAAAGUCAAGUUUCGAAGAGUGGGGAGCAACUUUUCGACUCUCUUCUUCUGCUACAGCAACCUCAGAAGGAGCGUGUAUCCUCCGUCUGGGAGCUGAUAGAAGACAACGGGUCUAUGGAUGUCCCUCUGGUGUGCGAGGUUAUCCCAAACCCUCACGAUGAUUUUGUCUCAGUCAAGCUCCACUCCAACGGCCAUAACAUAACGCAAGAGAUUCUCGCGGGCUUGCUUCGAGUGUUUUUACAUCUUGUUGCUGACACGGCAAAGCAUCCCGCAGCAAGCGUCCCAUCAAGGGAGAACCUCCCCGAUGACUUGAGACGAGCACUAGAAGACGUUGUUGUGGCAAAAACUGCCGAUGACGGCGAUGGCCAGGUCGAUCUAGACAACGACAGUGUUCAAGAUGAGGAGUGGAGCGACGCAGAGAAACAAAUCAGGUCUAUUAUGGCCGAGCUAUCAGAGACCCCAAUCUCCAAGAUCCGUCGAAACACAACAAUCUUCCAACUUGGUCUGGAUAGCAUCAAUGCCGUUCAACUAGCCGCGAUCAUGCGAGAGCAAGGCCUGCAGCUCUCCGCCCUGGAAGUCAUCGAGUUUCCCACCUGCGCCAAAAUGGCAAGCCAUCUCGGGACUUCAGUCGAGGAAGAGAUUGUGGAGUACGACUUCUCGAAAUUCGAGCGAGAGAUCAACCGAUCUUCUGCCGGUGAUGGUGCUGAAAAGCUCUUGCCCUGUACCCCUCUGCAGUGCGCCAUGUUGAACGACUUCAUCCAAUCUGGCGGCAAAGACUACUUGAACUAUAUGUCAUUUGCUCUAGACGCUGGCAUCUCUCUAGCACAAGUUCAGAGGGCGUGGAACAAGCUAUGCUCCCAUCAUGAGAUUCUGAGAACCGGUUUCUUGCCGACGGAACACCGUGAUGCCUCGUUUGCCAUGAUUCAACACCCUGCUGCCGGCUCAACUGUGCCACUCACUACACAUGACAACGAAGCGGACUCUUUCAACGUCACGAAGUGGAAGCUUGAUACCGCACACAGCGCUCUACAAUCGCUGCAAAACCCUCCCUGGGCAGUGGCACUUGAGAGCAGGCAAACAGGCGUUCAUAUGCAAAUCAUUAUGCAUCACGCUCUCUACGAUGCAUACUCACUGCAACUCAUGUUGAGAGACCUAGCUGCCUCGCUCGCCAACAAUGCCCCUCAAGAACACCCGCCGCUCAACAAGGCCCUUUCCAAGAUUCUGCAGGCAGCUACCAAAAAUGGAGACUCGGAAGACUUCUGGAAACAGAAGUCGUCAGAAGUUAUCGUCAACCGCUUUCCAACUUUGACUCCGCUGUCCGAGGAAUCUCCAGAGCUUGCUUCGAUGACCAAGACCACCGACACAACUCUCAAAAGGCUCACUGAUCAAGCCAAACAAAUUGGUGUUCCCAUCCAAGUCAUCCUGGAAGCAGCCUGGACGCGAGUUCUUUCUGCAUACCUCGGCGAAGAAGAUGUCGUCUUCGGAGUCGUUUUAUCCGGUCGAAUCGAUGAUGAGACCAAGAGCGCCGUUUUUCCUUGCAUCAACACCGUUCCUGUGGUAGCACACAGCAGGUCUUCGAACUCGGAACUCUUGCAACAAAUGCUGGAAUACCACAACCAGCUUCUCAAGCACCAGCAUGCUCCUCUUGCCCAGAUUCAGCGGUGGCUUGGACAUUCGAAUUCCCAAGUGUUUGAUACGCUUCUUGUGUAUCAACGUAUGCCUGACGACAACAAUGAAAAGUUCCCUUGGCAGACGAUUAGCGAUGAAGGUAACCUCGACUAUCCCGUGUCUCUGGAAGUCGAGCCGUUAUCUACAGGAGAAAUUCAGCUCCGCGUUUCACACCGGACAGAUGUUCUUCCUGUGCCUCAGGCCCGUCAUAUGCUAGACCAAUUCGAUGCCGUGCUUCAACACCUCGCCCAUAGUCCAUCCGGAAAGGAGGACGACUUGUGGACUGAGAACGCUUCCAUUUUCUCCAUCACACCUCCAGCGGAACCCAAUAUUGCCUCGGAAGAACAGUUCCUGCAUCAAUUUGUUGAGACCAAGGCCCAGUCUCACCCGAACAAAACUGCCUUGGAGUUUCUCACCGGCUUCGAUGGCGAAGAUCCGAUUUCCAGGGAGUGGACUUUUAAAGAGCUCAAUGAGAAGGGCAAUCAGGUCGCCAACCUACUCGCUCCACACUCAAAGGUUGGACAUGUCAUUGCAAUUCACUUUGACAAGUGCCCCGAGGCGUGUUUCUCCAUUCUCGGCAUUCUGAAGUCCGGGUGUGCGUUCUUAGCUCUGGACCCCUCAGCCCCGAAGGCUCGAAAGGAAUUCAUUCUGAAGGAUUCUGGUGCCCUGGCGCUUUUGACCAAUACCAAUAUUGACUUUACUGUGGAACAGCCUGUUCUUCACGUUGAAGAGGCUCUGCUUGACGACGUUUCCAAGGAAUUUUCCACCCCUCAAUCGCUCAGCAUCCAAGACAACUCUUACUGUCUGUACACUUCUGGUACCACAGGAACGCCCAAGGGCUGCGAGAUCACCCAUGAGAGCGCCGUUCAGGCCAUGAAGGCAUUUCAAAGACUGUUUGAGGGUCACUGGGACCAUAAUUCUAAGUGGCUGCAGUUUGCUUCGUUUCACUUCGACGUUUCAGUCCUGGAACAGUAUUGGAGUUGGUCAGUCGGGAUGACAUUGGUGGGCGCGCCCAGAGAUCUCAUCCUCGAUGAUCUCGCAGGCACGAUCCGGCGGCUUGAGAUCACUCACAUCGACUUGACACCCAGUUUGGCUCGUCUGUUGGAUCCUGCAGAGGUCCCAAGCUUAUCUCGCGGAGUUUUCAUCACCGGCGGAGAAGCCUUGAAGCAGGAAAUUCUCGACGUCUGGGGCCCCGUCGGCGUCAUAUAUAACGCAUACGGUCCAACUGAAGCCACGAUUGGUGUCACUAUGUAUCAACGCGUUCCCCAUAACGGCAGAGCCUCCAACAUCGGCAAGCAGUUCGACAACGUGGGAUCUUACGUUUUCCGACCCGGAACCAACAUUCCUGUGAUGAAAGGCGCAGUCGGCGAGCUAUGCGUCUCAGGCAAGCUUGUCGGCAAGGGAUACCUCAACCGGCCUGAACUUACUCAAGAGCGGUUCCCUCACCUGGACAAUUUUGGCGAGCGUGUCUAUCGCACCGGAGAUCUUGUCAGAUUACUUCAUGAUGGAUGCUUUGACUUCCUUGGUCGUGCAGACGAUCAGGUCAAGCUGAGAGGCCAGCGUCUGGAAAUCGGCGAGAUCAAUCACUCCAUUCGGACACGAGUUCCUGAGGUUUCCGACGUUGCCACUCUGGUCACGAAGCACGGGAGCUUGGAUAAGGACCUGUUGGUGUCCUUCGUCAGCUGCAAAUCAACCGCUGCUUCCAAGGCAGACCUCCAAGUCGUCAAUGAGACGAACACGGCUUCUCUUGUUCGCUCUGUGCAGAAGGCCUGCAGAGACACUUUGCCUGGCUACAUGGUGCCGUCCUACAUCUUCCAAGUUUCACGUAUCCCACUCUCCCCCAACAACAAGGCAGAUGUCAAGCAGCUGAACCAGCUAUUCAAAACCCUUACACCCGAAAAGCUGGUGCAACUGUCACCCUCAUCCAGAUCUUCAGCUGAGCCGACCAAUGAAUUGCAGCGUCAGAUCCUUUCAACUAUGGAAGAAUUCCUCGACAAUGAUACUCCGGUUUCUUUGUCCAGCAACAUCUUCGAUCUUGGAGUCGACUCAAUCUCAGCUCUCAGGUUAUCGCGACUCAUGCGCAAGAACGGGCUUUCUGGUGCUGCGCCCAGGGUGAUUCUGAGAAACCCUGAGUUGGGAGAUUUAGCAGAGGCACUACAGCAAAGUGAUUCCGCCAAGGAAGGGAACGGCGUUCAUGAAGCACGUCAGCUCAUACAAGCUUUUGGUCAUAGAUACCGAUCUCUGGCCGUCCAAGAACUUUCGCUGCCAGGGGACGGAGACAUCGAAUAUGUGGCGCCGUGUACACCACUGCAAGAAGGCAUGCUGUCAAGAUUCAUGUCUGAUCAAGAUGAGGGCGCCUACUUCACCGCUUUCCGCUUGAAGCUUGCACCCGAAAUCUCCAUCGACAAGCUCAAGACAGCGUGCGAGAGCCUGGUGCAGUGCCAUGCCAUUCUCAGAACCAGCUUCAUCCAGACGCCAGCCGGGUUUGCCCAAGUCGCUUUGAAGUCCAUCCAACUCUCCUGGCGAGACUUGAGAGACCUUGACGACGCCGAAGUCGAGUCGCAACUUGCAAGUGCAAUGCCGAACCUGAUACACAAGAACAGCCGAUGUGUGUCCAAUCCUCUGGAGUUGAUCAUGGCACGCCUCGGCAAGGAGACCAUCCUUGUCGUCCACAUCUUUCAUGCCUUGUACGACGGUGUGACGUUUGAGACAAUGCUUCGUUGGGUUUCUGAAGAAUACUCUCACAAGGAGCACGCGAUUGCUCCGUCAUUCUUGGAGACUCUUGCGCAUGGUCCACUCGCAAACUACGACUUUAGUCGUCAGUUCUGGGUCGAGCAUCUUAGCAGUUGCUUGUUCGACACCAUCCCGAGACUACAAACCGGCGAUGCUACGACAAUUAUCACCCGGACCAAGACAUACUCGGCUCGAAACUUGGAAACACUGCGCAGGUCGCUCAACGUUACCCUGCAGUCCGUCGUCCUCGCACUCUGGACGUCGGUCUUCAAGAAGCAUUUCCCCAUCAACGCUGGCACCGGCGUAAUAGUAUCAGGCCGCUCGAUCGACAUGGACCAGAUCGAAAACACCAUCGGUCCCCUGUUCAACACACUGCUGUUCUACGCCGGUCUCAAGGAGGGAGAUACCUGGUUGUCUCUGAUUCAGAAGUGCCACGAAUUCAACACAGCCGUUUUGCAGUUCCAGCAUGUACCUCUUCGAAACAUUCAGAAGUGGUGCACAAAGUCCAAAGGUCGCCCAAUCUUUGAAAACCUAUUUGUUUUCCAGGUUGAGACAGCUGGGCCAGCAGAACCCUCCGGCAUGUGGUCCAUCAUGGACGACUACAGCGUGUCUGACUACCCUCUUGCGUUUGAAGCAUCCGCAACACCAGAUGGCCAGCUGCGAGUCCAGAUCGUUGCUCAUGGAGACGUGGCCGAUGAAGCGACCAUGAACUCUCUCUUUGAGGAGAUUGACGAGGCUAUGGUGGAUGUUACUUCGAGGGCAACGUACUCCCUGCCCGUCAGUGCGAAUCAUUCGCGCGAAGCUUCAACGGCUGCAUCACCCAGAACACCAUUGACUUCACGGCCCGAGUCCAUUGAUGGCGAUUUCAAGGACCAAGAACUUCUGCACACGUCGGACUUCGAGUGGACACCCGCAGCUCUUGUCUUGAGGAGGGAGAUCGCAGCUCUUUCGGGCGCGUCUGAGGAGAGCAUCACCGAAAAUAUGGCUCUUCUUGAGCUAGGACUUGACAGCAUCGACCUCGUCAAGCUGUCUGCCCGGUUGAAGCACUUCGGUCACCACCUCACUUUGUCUCAGCUCAUGAAGUCUCGAACAAUUGCCGCAAUGUCCACGAUUCUCAACCAGACCAGGUCAUGUUCUGAAGACUCCGAUUCACAGUCGAGUUACGAGGAGCUCAAAGCCAAGUUACGGAAGGCUGUAGAAUUGACACAAUUUGAUCUUGAGCGGGCGGAGGCCGUCCUGCCACCUACACCUUUGCAAGAGUCCAUGAUUGCCGAUAUGUUGCAAUCAGACUUCGAGCAGUAUUUCAAUCACGACGUGUUGGAGUUGGCUGAUGGGGUGGACAUUGACAAGUUUGAGAGAGCUUGGCAGCAAGUUGUCGAGCAGUCACCAAUCCUCCGCACAAUCUUCGUUCAAGUUGAGGAUCCAAGCGUGGAACAGACUUUCGCCCAAGCCAUUUUGAAGUCGAAUCCUCCGAAAAUCAACAAGUUCUCAUCUGGUGCCGUGGCUGAGGUACAAGAUGUCAUCGACAAGCAUACCCAACUUGCGCGCGACGCUCAGGGCGGCUCCAAUUUGAUUCAGCUCUCUGUCAUUCCGGUUGAGGCCAAGUCACUUUUGGUCUUGUCAAUCUCACACGCUCUCUACGACGGGUGGUCUUUGUCUCUGCUUCAUCACGAUAUUGCCGCCGCUUAUCGAGACCAGCUUACCGAACGCCCUCAGAUUGAGCCAUUCCUUCAGGGAUUAGUCAAAACGCCCACAGACCAGUCAAAGAAGUUCUGGUCUCAGUACCUCGCCAACUCACAGCCAUCUCUGCUACCUCAGAAACAAGCAUCCAGUCAAUCUUCCAAAGAUGCAACCUACCGAUCUGAAGCGGUGUCCACUGUUGGUCUGGAGAGAGUCACCGAGUUCUGCAAACGCCAUGCCAUCAGCUUGCAAGUCCUAGGCCAAGCCUGUUGGGCAUCGACGCUGGCAACCCUACUCCAGAGUCUCGAAGUCUCAUUCGGUGUUGUGCUCGCGGGCCGUGACUCGGAACGGGCCCAGACCCUCAUGUUCCCUACGAUGAAUACCGUAGCAGUGCGCUGUGUUCUUCACGGCUCCACGACGAACUUCCUGCGAUACCUCCAGGAGACCAUGGGCGACAUCGUCGAGUUUCAGAACUACCCUCUCAGGAAGGCGCAGGCUAUAGCAGGAGGACGUCUCUUCAACACCCUUUUCAUCCUCCAGAAGAAUCCCGAAUCUGGACCCGAGAAUGUUCUAAUGAGGUCGGUUCAAGGCUCUGCUGCAACUGAGUUUGCCGUGUGCGCAGAGCUCGAGGUCACAUCUAAAAGCCUCAUCUGGCGUAUUGCAGGACAACAAGCGUACGUCUCUGAAAAGAUGACGCAUCAGCUGUUACAUCAACUCGACCGGGCUCUGCAAUACAUUAUCGGAACGCCGGACGGAAAUCUUCUCAAUUUCGACGGUGACAAUGUCUCAAUAUGUCAACUGCCUUCAUUCCAGGCCAGAAAGACAGGCCCUACUGGACCGUCGAAAACGAUCGCGCCCGGAGACGAAGACACAGUAUGGACCGAGACAGAGAGCGUUCUCCGAAAAGUCCUCUCGACAGCAGCGGGAGUGGACAUCCAGUCAGUCCGGAAAAGUCACACUCUCUACAACUUGGGUCUGGAUUCAAUCAGCGCCAUCAAGGUCUCGGCACUUCUCCGUAAAGAAGGUUUCCAGCUUGGUGUACGCGCUUUACUGACAUCAAACUCGAUUCGAGAUAUGGCAAAACAAGCUCAGAGCAUCAGUAAGGGCGAGCAUUCUCAAACAACUAGCCCCUCUUCAGCUUCUUACGAAAUGCCAAACUCCAUCGACCGCGAUGUGCUUCUUCUGAAAGCCGGUCUCAAUGGUUCACAAGUGGUUGAAGUUCUCCCUCCGCUGCCCAUGCAGGUCUACAUGAUGUCAGCCUGGCAAAACUCAGAGGGCCGAGUCUUCUACCCCGACUUCUUCUAUCGGCUUCAUGGAUCCGUCAGCUUAGAGCAACUUCAGUCGGCAUGGGCUGCCGUGGUUGACUCGGAGCCGAUUUUGCGGACCUGUCUGAUAGCAACCGGAGACCGUUCUUUGCCUUUCGUCCAGGUCGUUCUUCAACCUACCUACGACGGACCACAUCGUCAUGUUGUGGAUGAUGAGGUGGUCUCUUCAAGAAAGCCCUCGUUCGAAACUCAGAGAGGCCAAUGUUGGCCCCAGGUGCAGCUCAUCGCAACACGAGACGACGAAGAUUCGUGGCUCCUUAAACUCAGAGUUCAACACUCUCUGUACGACGGCUUCAGUCUUCCAGCAAUUUUGCAGGAGCUGCUGUCCAGGAUAGAGAAUACGAGAUCCGCCGCAAAGCCGGCGCUGAAUGCUUGGAAAUCGUUUCUGGCAGCACACCAUACCGAGGACGUCAAGAGACGCAACAGGACGUUUUGGACUAAGUACCUUGAAGGCGUUACGCCCGCUAAAUCGUCCAAACCAGAAGAGCAUGCGACGUCUUUGCAGCGUGUCUCGCUUCUCAAAUGCUCAGCUGUCACAGAAGUAGCAAAACUUCAAGAUGCCUGCUCACGUGUGGGCGUAGGGUUACCGGCACUCUUCUUCGCGGCAGUUGCAAAAGCACUCCAGUCGUCUAAGGUAUCUUCGUCGUCAUCGAGCGCGACCUCGAUCGUCUUUGGCAUCUAUUAUGCCAAUAGAUCGUUGGCCGAAGACUUGGAACCUACUUUCCCGACGCUCAAUUUGGUGCCUCUGAAGGUUCAAGUUGAGAACAAUUCCAGCAUAAUUUCUGUUGCAAAACAGGUGCAACAGGACCUACACCUGAUUUCGUCUCACUCCACGGUGGGAUUAUGGGAGGUCAGGGACUGGACUGGAAUUGACAUUGACUGCUUUGUCAACUUUCUUCAUCUAGGUGAUGGAAACACCGAUGCCCUCCAGCAAGGCAAUGUGUCUUUUGAGCUCGUCUCAAACGGGGACCAAAUCGAAGGUCUCAGCCAGAAGUUGGACGUCGCAAGCUUCUCCGCAAGCUGCUCAUCUCAAUGGCUAUCGGACAAUGCAGUUCGGGAUGCGUUCCCAGAUGCCCUGGACAUUGAGGCAUCAGUCAACGAGAAGGGUAUGGAUAUCGGAGUGUUUGGUUCCGCGGCCAAGGUGUCGCCUGACUCUGCUGGGGAGUUGAUUAGUCUGCUUAGUCGAAUCUUGGUGUCAGACUGA